AUGAAUGACACCGAUGUGUCCAAGCAGAUUGAAGAGAUGGUUAGAUUCAUCUGUCAAGAAGCGGAUGAAAAGGCCAACGAGAUCUCCUUGCAAUUAGUGGAGGCGGAGAGAAAGAAAAUCCAACAAGAUGAGUAUUCUAUGCAACUCAACACUUCUCGAAUCAAAGUUCUUCAAGCUCAAGAUGACUUAGUUACUGCCAUGAGAGAGGAUGCAUCAAAGGAUGUUUUAAAUGUCAGCCAUCACCAUUUCAAACACCAACAUAACUAUGAAGCAUUGUUGAAAGCUCUCAUUGUCCAGGGUCUACUUAGAUUGAAAGAACCAUCUGUGUUGUUGAGAUGUCGGAAGGAGGAUUUACAUAAGAUAAUUGUUGACCAAAUCCACCUUUCAUCUGCUCCUUCAUCUGAUGAUCCUCAUGUUCUUUCAUGCUCUGGAGAUGUAGUUUUGGCUUCUAGAGAUGGUAAAAUUGUGUUUGAAAACACACUUGAUGCUAGAUUGGAUGUUACAUUCCGUAGGAAACUCCCAAAGAUUCGCAAACUGUUGUUCACUCAGGUUGGUGCUUAG